UCCAGAUUUAAUGCUGCUAUAAACAUUCUUGUAUAUGUCCCCUGGAGCACAUGUUUCCCUUGAGUGUGUUUAUAGCCAGGAAUAGAAUUGCUGGGUUACAAGGAAUGCAAACAUUCAACUUUUCUAGAUAAUACUAAACUAUUUCCCCAAGUAGUGGUCCUAGUUUACAUUUCCACCAGGUGUAAAUGGUCAUUGCGUUGUUCUGUAUCCUUGGCCACUCUUGGCUGUGUUAGAUUACCUGCUGUUAGUCUAGUGGCUGUUGAAAUAUCAUGGUGGCCUUACUCCCCAUCCCACCCCACCUUAGGUUUUACUGGGACCUGAUCAUGCUCCUGCUGAUGGUGGGGAAUCUCAUUGUUCUGCCCGUGGGCAUCACCUUCUUCAAGGAGGAGAACUCCCCGCCUUGGAUCGUCUUCAACGUCCUGUCUGACACUUUCUUCCUGCUGGAUCUCGUUCUCAACUUCCGCACGGGCAUUGUGGUAGAGGAGGGCGCUGAAAUCCUACUGGCACCCAGAGCCAUCCGCACGCGCUACCUGCGCACCUGGUUCCUGGUUGACCUCAUCUCCUCUAUACCCGUGGAUUACAUCUUCCUAGUGGUGGAGCUGGAGCCACGAUUGGACGCCGAGGUCUACAAAACUGCGCGGGCCCUGCGCAUUGUGCGCUUCACCAAGAUUCUCAGCCUGCUGCGGCUGCUCCGCCUCUCCCGCCUCAUCCGCUACAUACACCAGUGGGAGGAGAUCUUUCACAUGACCUAUGACCUGGCCAGUGCUGUGGUUCGCAUCUUCAACCUCAUCGGGAUGAUGCUGCUGCUUUGUCACUGGGAUGGCUGUCUGCAGUUCCUGGUCCCCAUGCUGCAGGACUUCCCUCCUGACUGCUGGGUCUCCAUCAACCACAUGGUGAACCACUCGUGGGGCCGCCAGUAUUCCCACGCUCUCUUCAAGGCCAUGAGCCACAUGCUGUGCAUUGGCUACGGGCAGCAGGCACCUGUUGGCAUGCCCGACGUCUGGCUCACCAUGCUCAGCAUGAUCGUGGGUGCCACGUGCUAUGCCAUGUUCAUCGGCCACGCCACCGCCCUCAUCCAGUCCCUGGACUCUUCCCGGCGCCAGUACCAGGAGAAGUACAAGCAGGUGGAGCAGUACAUGUCCUUCCACAAGCUGCCGGCUGACACACGGCAGCGCAUCCAUGAGUACUAUGAACACCGCUAUCAAGGCAAGAUGUUUGAUGAGGAAAGCAUCCUAGGAGAGCUGAGCGAGCCGCUUCGGGAGGAGAUUAUUAACUUCACCUGCCGGGGCCUGGUGGCCCACAUGCCACUGUUUGCCCACGCCGACCCCAGCUUCGUCACAGCGGUGCUCACCAAGCUGCGCUUUGAGGUCUUCCAGCCAGGGGACCUCGUGGUGCGUGAGGGCUCUGUGGGCAGGAAGAUGUACUUCAUCCAGCAUGGGCUGCUCAGUGUGCUGGCACGUGGCGCCCGGGACACCCGCCUCACUGAUGGAUCCUACUUUGGGGAAAUCUGUCUGCUGACUCGGGGCCGCCGCACGGCCAGCGUGCGGGCUGACACCUACUGCCGCCUCUACUCGCUCAGCGUGGAUCAUUUCAACGCUGUGCUCGAGGAGUUCCCCAUGAUGCGCCGGGCCUUCGAGACUGUGGCCAUGGACCGGCUGCGCCGCAUCGGCAAGAAGAAUUCCAUACUGCAGCGGAAGCGCUCUGAGCCAAGUCCAGGCAGCAGUGGGGGCAUCAUGGAGCAGCACCUGGUGCAACAGGACAGGGACAUGGCUCGGGGUGUUCGGGGUCUGGCCCCAGGCACAGGAGCUCGGCUCAGCGGAAAACCGGUGCUCUGGGAGCCACUGGUGCACGCACCCUUGCAGGCAGCCGCCGUGACCUCCAACGUGGCCAUCGCCCUGACUCACCAGCGAGGCCCUCUGCCCCUCUCGCCCGACUCUCCAGCCACCCUCCUUGCUCGCUCUGCUCGUCGCUCAGCAGGUUCCCCCGCCUCCCCACUGGUGCCUGUCCGAGCGGGCCCUUUGCUCGCCCGGGGGCCGUGGGCAUCCACCUCCCGCCUUCCUGCUCCCCCUGCCCGAACCCUCCAUGCCAGCCUCUCUCGGGCAGGGCGUUCCCAGGUUUCUCUGCUGGGCCCCCCACCAGGAGGAGGUGGACGACGACUAGGACCUCGGGGCCGCCCACUCUCAGCCUCCCAACCUUCUCUGCCUCAGCGGGCAGCAGGUGAUGGCUCUCCUGGGCGUAAGGGAUCGGGAAGUGAACGUCUGCCCUCCUCAGGGCUCCUGGCCAAGCCUCCAGGGGCAGCCCAGGCCCCCAGGCCAUCAGUGCCUGAGCCAGCCACCUCCCGGGGUCCCCAGCUCUCUGCCAACAUGUGAAGCCCUUGGGUAGGCUCUCAGGUGUAGUAACGUGUGCCUGAGGGUGGAAGCCUCCUGGCGAGGGCCAAGGGGACCUGGAACACUGCCCUACGGGAAUAUCCCCCCACCUACCAAGAUGUUCUGUGUCUGCUCAGGCACCCUGCGGCUUGACAUCCUCCUAGUCCAUUCACUCAUUCAUCAAAUGUACUGAGCAUCUAUCACAUUCAAGGCACUGUGCCAGGCGCUAUAGGUCUCCACUACCAAGUAGAAGCAACUCCCAGCCGUCUGACGAGGGUAUCGUCCUGGCCAUGGUCCUGCCAGGUGCAGGCUCAGGCCUGUGAUCCCCUUAACUAAGCACAAGCACUUGCCAUCACUGCCAAGUACUAGGCGUCUCCCUUUCCCUGCCCAUGACCCUGCAGGUCUGCCUGAUGUGGUCAUCGUCCUGGCCCCGUAACUGAGCCAGGCACUGCCAGUUACCUGCACCUCCACUGUUGUCAGCAAAUGUCUUGGGUCCCCGGUGUGGGCGCGGGCACCUUCGCUGCCAUGUGUGGACCCUUCCUGCCUGAACCCCCCAAGUGGGAAUACGCAUCUCCUGUCAAGUUCCCUGCAGUCUCUGUCUCUGUGGUAGACUGUCUUUUUGUAAACUAGGAGCCACUUCUUCACUGUACGCCUGCCCCAGUGCUGUCCCCCUUGACGCCAAGGGAUGGUUGGCACCUCCUUUAAUGUGCCAGCCUAGAUCCCUCCAGGUGGGGGCAAGUGGCUGAAUCCUUAAAUGACAUUUUUGCUUUCCUUUCUCCCUUCCUUAUUUAUUUAUUCUUAUUUACACAAUUCUUAAUAAUUUUAUUUGCUAAUUUUAUUUAUUACCAAUUCAUUUUAUUCCCCCAUUCCUUUAUCCUUUAUCCUUCCCUCCACUCCCUUUCUGAUAGGGAGAUAGGAAGGGUCAGGCCCCUCCGCGCCAGCUCUUGUGGUACUUGCCCAACCCCAUCAGCAGCAAUACUCGAACCCUCCCCCUAUCUAGGUAGGGGCAGGAAGGCUGCCCAGGAGGGGGAGGAGGACUGUUCUUACUUUUAUGGGUUUUUUUCCUACUGAAUUUGCUCUUGGUGCAGGAGUAAGGGGAGGGCCUGAGGUACUCAAGCCUGGGAAAGGGCAGGCUAGCCAGCUCCUCUGCCUUCUCAGGGACAAGAGAAAUCCCUUGCCCCACCCCUCCAUCCCCACCCCUACUCUACAGCAUCAAAGAAUGUGGGGCCAGGACCCUAAACCUCCUUUUCUCCUGGGUCGGGGGUUCUGGGGUUCUGGAUAUGUAGGAGAAGUUUUGUAAUUGCUUCCAAACAGAUGGGUUUAAAAAAGAAAAUAGAGACACUCA